CUUAUCCAACUCCCUUAGUAGCUUUCGCAAUAAGUACUUCACAUAUUCUAUCAAACACCUAUCUCAAACAUCUUUCGAAUUCUGAUCAGCUUCAACCAAUCCCAAGUCCAAAAUCCCACAUCAGAGCUCAAAAAUCCCAUUAUUAUAAUCAUUAUUGUUAUGGCUGGAGAGCAACAUCUGCUGUCAACUGAGAUUGUUAACCGUGGCAUCGAGUCAUCAGGUCCAGAUGCUGGAUCUUUGACAUUUUCCGUCAGGGUUCGAAGGAGGUUGCCUGAUUUUGUUCAAUCUGUGAAUCUGAAAUACGUGAAACUGGGGUAUCAUUACCUCAUAAAUCAUGGGAUUUACUUGGCUACUGUACCUUUGCUUGUGCUCGUGUUCAGUGCUGAAUUGGGAAGUCUCAGCAGGGAAGAACUCUGGAGGAAGCUUUGGGAUAGCACCACCGGAUAUGAUCUUGCUACUGUGCUCGCCUCUCUUGGUGUACUUGUUUUCACGCUCUCUGUAUUUUUCUUGUCAAAGCCUCGGCCAAUCUAUCUUCUUGACUUUGCGUGUUACAGGCCCCAUGAUGACCUCAAGGUAACAAAGGAGCAAUUCAUUGAAAUGGCAAGAAAAUCAGGCAAAUUCAACGAGGCAAGUCUUGAAUUCCAGAAAAGGAUAGUAGAAUCAUCAGGAAUCGGGGAUGAGACCUACGUCCCAAAAUCCAUCAUGUCCCCUGAGAAUACAGCAACAAUGAAAGAAGGUCGUGCAGAAGCAUCAAUGGUGAUGUUUGGAGCACUAGACGAGCUUUUCGAAAAGACCAAAAUUCGCCCCAAGGACGUAGGGAUUCUUGUGGUAAAUUGCAGCAUUUUCAAUCCAACUCCAUCCCUCUCAGCAAUGAUCAUAAAUCACUACAAAAUGAGAGGAAAUAUCCUGAGUUUUAACCUAGGGGGAAUGGGGUGUAGCGCUGGAAUUAUAUCAUUGGAUUUGGCUAGAGACAUGUUACAUUCAAAUCCUAAUAGCUAUGCUGUUGUGGUUAGCACUGAAAUGGUGGGAUUCAAUUGGUAUCCCGGGAAAGAAAGAUCUAUGAUGAUUCCCAAUUGCUUCUUCCGGAUGGGAUGCUCGGCCGUUUUGCUCUCCAACAGGCGCCGUGAUUAUGCUCGUGCAAAGUACAGACUCGAGCAUAUUGUAAGGACCCAUAAGGGUGCUGAUGAUCGUAGCUUCAGGAGUGUUUAUCAAGAGGAAGACGAUCAAAGGUUCAAGGGACUAAAAAUCAGCAAAAAUUUGGUAGAAAUAGGGGGCGAUGCACUCAAGACUAACAUCACCACACUUGGUCCUCUGGUCCUACCCUUCUCUGAGCAGCUUUACUUCUUUGCAACACUAAUUUGGAGGCAUUUGUUUGGUUCCGGCGGAGGGUCACAGCCCAAAAAACCAUACAUCCCUGAUUACAAACUUGCAUUUGAGCAUUUCUGCGUGCAUGCUGCAAGCAAGACUGUUCUUGAUGAGCUGCAAAGGAAUCUGGAACUUAGUGAGAAGAACAUGGAAACCUCAAGGGCUACACUGCAUCGAUUCGGCAACACUUCCAGCAGCAGCAUUUGGUAUGAGCUGGCUUAUUUGGAAGCCAAAGAAAGGAUCAAGAGAGGUGACCGGGUGUGGCAGAUUUCAUUUGGUUCUGGUUUCAAAUGCAACAGUGCAGUCUGGCGAUCGUUGCGCCGAGUAGGGUCACCUUCUAGAAAUCCAUGGCUUGAUUGCAUUGAUAGGUAUCCUCCAGAGGCUCUCUAAUCCUGGGGAAGCUGAAGCUGAGGGGGAUGGUGCAGCACUGUCAAAGCUUACUAAUGGCAUUAAUGCUGCAUUUGCUUCAACAUUUCCAGCAUGACUAAAUCACAAAAAAUCCUAUGUUUGUCUUUCUAAGUUUGUUGACUCUAAAAAUGAUUUGGAGUCGUAUAUCCUAUGUCAAUUGUUGUCUAAGAUUCAUACAAGGUAACGUUUUUGUUUCAAGCACAUCAGGUCAAAGUCAUGACAAUAUCCCUGAAGUUGCUGGUUAAGAUGUGGUAAUGAAUAUAAAUUGUACUCUCUCUGUCCCAA